CAGAGCUGCCUGCCCAUCCAACAGCACUCGGGAGUUCUGGUUGGCUGUUCCUGGGCUGCUCUCAGCUGCCGCUGUUGCCUCGACUGAGAACCGGGGAGCCGGGGAGCCGAGAGUGUCCAGAAGCCGGGCAGUCAGACGAGCCGGGAGCCGUAAGCGGCGGCGCAGGACUUGCUUCCCACGGGGCUGUCCGUGCGCCCUUGGGCCAUUGCGUCCGCGCUCCCCCGCUCUCCCCCGCUCUCCGUCCUUGUUUGUCUGUGUCUGUGUCUCUGUCUCAGUCUAUCUCCCUGCCUCUUCCUCGUCAUCACCACAGCCGAGAUGCCAGCCCUGGCCCCCGCCCUGGCUGCGGGGGCGGCCCGGUUUCUGCUAGCGUUGGCCGCGGCUCUCUGCUGCCCGCCGUGCGCCCCGGCGGCCGCGACGCUGAACACUGUGCUGGUGAACUCCAACGCCAUCAAGAACGGGCACUCGGGGCCCGGUGGCGGCGGUGGCGGCGGCGGUGGCGGCGGCGGCAGCAGUGCGGGACUGGUCCCCUUCUGGGCAGUUAGCGUGGCGCCCGGGGACAGCGUCCUGUUCGACCGACCCAACGGGUACAUGCACGUGGACAACAAACACCAGCAACAUUUUAUGUGUGUGGAUGACAAGGAUUGCGGUCUGGAAGAGUACUGCGACACUGGCUCCCGGGGCGUUAGUAGCCUAGGCGGCGGCGGCGGCGGCGGCGGCGGCGGCGGCAGCAUCGGAGUGCAGAUCUGCCUACCCUGUCGGAAGCGCCGCAGGCGAUGCCAGCGUACCGUCAUGUGCUGUCCGGGAAACUACUGCAGCAAUGGGAUAUGUGUGCUUUUGGAUCAGAACCACUUACAUGCAGUAGAAAUGGAUGAGAUGACCACAGAACCGGUGAAUAAUGACCACAGUCUCUUAGAAGGCCAGCCUAGGAGGACCACUCCAUCUGCCAAGACCAAAGGUCAGGAAGGUGCCGUUUGCCUCCGCUCCUCCGAUUGCGCCGAUGGCCUUUGCUGCGCUCGACAUUUCUGGUCCAAGAUCUGCAAGCCCGUGCUCAAGGAAGGUCAAGUGUGCACCAAGCACAGAAGAAAAGGCUCUCACGGCUUGGAGAUUUUCCAGCGCUGUUUCUGCGCAGACGGCCUGUCCUGCCGAGUUCAGAAAGAUCACUUAACCAAUGGCGCUUCUAGGCUUCACACCUGCCAGAAACCCUGAACUGCCCUUGUGAAUGAUGGCUGCUGAUGGACUCCUGUGCUUGCCAUCGAACCUUUUCGGGGAAGGACACUUGCUGUGUUUACAGUUGCACUCUCCAAACGCUCCUUCCGGAAGUCUGGAGUGCAAAAACGGCUUUGUUUCUGUAGGAAACGAACUCUCUCCAGUGACUGUUUGCAGUAAAUUACUGUGUUGUAAAUAUCCAAUGUGGCAUUUCCCUGUACAUGCUCCCAAACUUUUAAUUAUUUUUCUAAAAGUGCCACAGUGUCCACAAUUUACCCACAACCUGUAAAUUUUGUACACACUGGUGAUCUCAUCUUGAGUCUGAUAAAUGUUCUAUUUUAAUUGAAAUAAAUGAU